AUGAGAGAGUUUUCGAAAACAUUCCUCUACCCGGCACUCCUGCUGGCAGCCAACGUCGGGCCUGCUCAGGCAAAGCCAACUAAUGCCCUCAGGAGGGGACUGCGCGCUCGCGACAAUGGCUGGAAAUACAACCCAGAAAAACAUGAUGGCCCUCGUGAGAACGCAUCUUGGAACCCAUGGAGGUAUGACCCGAAGAAACAUGAUGGUCCCAAGGGCAAUGCCGGUUCUUCUCAGUCAAAAUGUGCGCCCAUCUCGGGUGACAUCACCAUUGAUGCUUUCCAGCUGUAUCCGGAACACGCGGACUACAAUCCCGAUACCUGCCUAGCCUACCUGAGUGUUCUUUACAACUCCACCGUUGCCGUUUACGACCCGGCCAAGAAGGCGGUUGUUGACACUUUAGAAUUCCCCGGUCUGUCUUUCAACCCAGCACUCCAUGUCAGUGGUGUGGUUGUCGACCCCAAGGGCCUUCUGUCUGUGAUCGUCGACGCCGGCGCUGCCUUCGACACCCAGGGUCAGAACAUCAGUGGCGAGAACUUCCUUCUGAAGGUCGACCCAAAGAGCCGCGAGGUACUCUGGCGCAGAAACCUGACCGAUCCCAAUGGCCUCUAUGGCGGCUACCAGGAUGCAGCUCAUGAUGACGAGGGGAAUACUUUUGCACUCGGAACCUACCCUUCCAGUAUCAUCAAGGUCAACGAAGAUGGCACGACGGCCACUCCCUGGUACCUGCAGCCUAACCCCGACCACACCAUUCACGGACUCACCGGAUUUGCUGUCAACGGCGAUACUCUGCUCUCUACGGAUGGCUCCGAUGGACAGCUGUAUCGGUUUAACAUGAAGGAUCAGGCUGGGAAGAAGGUCCUUGUCCCGUUGACCGGCAACAAGGCCAAUAGCACUAAAAUUGGAAACGACGUUGACGGCAUUAUUCUGCCGCCACGAUUCGACGGAAAGGUGCUGCUGGUGUCGGACAACAGCGAGGGAACAGUUGUUUUGCGUUCGCGCGAUGGAUGGGCCAGCGCCGAGCGGCUGGGAUCCGUUCCCAAUAAGUACCUCUCCGAAAGUGGAUCUUCCGUGGAUAACGUCCAGAUCGGAGAAAGCUUGUACUCGGUCAUCGAGUAUUUCAUGGAUUCUGAGAAGGUGCCUGGUACCCUGGGUGGAAACCGUUCUAAGUUCCCCUUGGUUGAUAUCACCGAGGAGGUCCUGAGAUUGCUGAACUAA